AUGUUGCAAGAAUACCACUCACUUCCCAUCCUCAUCUUCUACCUGAGUCUGGCCUCCGCCCUGGCCGGCCACGCAUGCCUCACCAUCUACAAUCGCUACCAGACCUGUAAAUCCAACGUCCAAUGGCAGAGCAAACAUUCCCACAAACUCGUCCUGUUCAUUCUUCUGGCCUGCGCCAGUCUAGCUUCGACAUGGUUCUACAUGUUUGCUUUCUUCGCUCAUUCCUACCGCUCAUGGCGGGGCCAGUGCACCCUCGCCCAGUUGCAUGACCUCGAGCGCGCCUCUCUCCCCAUGAAAGGGGAACUGUGGCUGCGCGACACGAAGUUGUUCAAACAGGCGUGGGAGACUGUCUCCGAGACACCGGAGCGGCAUUGGUGGAGCGGACAGAUUUUCCUGUUUACGAUUGCGUGGAGUAUCUUUCUGGGAGUUAUGGGUCGUCGGUUCAACAUCCCCCGUGUUUGGACGUAUAUGCUCCUCGGCCAGGUCGUUGCUAUUUCCUUCGCGCAGAGUCUCUUCGCCGCCACGGUGGUGGUCUCGCUCCCGCGCCAGUCUCAGUCUACUUCUCGCACUGGUGACGACUCCCGUGCGAACGGGACGCUAUGGGUGCCGCCGGCGCUGUUUGAGCUCGGACCGGUGCUGAUCUCGCUGCUCAGUGCGGCGGUCGUCCCCUUGGUCGCGCACACGAGCUACUUUAUGCCUGUGCUGCUGAUUCCGCACCUGUUGCUGUUUGUCCCCGGGGCUCUGUCGCCAGGUAUGCUGCCUAGGGGAUGGGGGAAGAGUCAGCCGGUGGCUGUGGCUGCCAGACGGUAUGCGAGGGUUUUCAAGUGGUUGUUUGCGAUUUUGGUGGUUCUGGUGGCGCAGUCUACAUAUGCUUUGACCGCGACAGUGGAAGGGUCGCUUUGGCGACGACUCCUAAGCGCCAUGUCCGAGCAUCCGGCCGUGAGUAGCGUCAGCUGGGACGUGGUGUGUUGUUUCUUGGUUGUGGUCUCAUGGACGGCAGCUCAUUCGGGGGACGUACAAGAAAUGCUGGUUGCUUGUGACUAG